AUGAAUUCGUAAAUAUCACAUCAAACUAAGACAUCUCAAACUUAAUAAUUCAUAGCUUCCUAACUUUCCAAGUUACCCGAUAAAUCUAAGCUUCAGUAACUCAUUCCUGUCUAAUUGCAUGUUAAUUGUUUUGAGCGAAAACACAAUGAAGGAACUGAUAACAGAUAAUCACCUCCAUAAUAAUAAAAUUAUUGUACAAAGCCAUCAUAGAAACCUCAAUAAUCCAAUCAUAAAUCUAAUAUGUCACUGUAAAAUAAAAGCAAUUCCCAUAUUGAGUCUAUUUAAGAGAAAUUAUCAGCCUUGAACCAUCCAAAUAAAAAAAGAGAUUACUCUCCAAACUCUGAUGCAAUUAGAUAAUUACUUAAAAAUACUAAGCAAGAUUCAGAUAUGAAUAAUCUAUUAUCUAAAAGACAGCAAUCCCAAGACUAAUAGAUUAUUUUAACUCCAAUUACUGCGAAAUAUCCAUUAAAAUCUCAUUCUCCAUUAGAUAUCAAGGAGAGUGUAGCAUAAUUACUUUCAAAUCAUUUUAGUAUGCAAUAAAUAAUAUACUUAGAAACAGAUGUAUCAUCUCCUAAAGCUAAUGGAAGCAAUUAAAAAUAAAAAAAUAACCAUAUCGGUCCUUACUUAUCCAUCUAACAAUAGAUACAAUAGCAAAAACUGAAAGGACACAGCUCAACCAAUUCGCUAUCAUAUGGAUCUAGAAACCAUCAUCAACAAUCUUUGCAAGAUUCGAAGAAAUCUGAGACUGCAACGAUAACUCCAACUCCUAAAAAGUUUACCACUACUUCAUAAAAUACUGAGCAUAGCAAAAGUAAAUCUGUGGUUGAAGAAUAAUUGUAAUGUAUGAAAAUAAUGUAAUUUGAUAAAGAAAAUCAAUCCCAUAUCCUUAAUUUAGGAUCGCCAAGUGCUUUUAGUAGUUCUGAGCAAGCAUCAAGUGUACUAUCUAUUUAAUAAAUGAUAGAUUGGAGAUAGCAUUGGAAUGCAUUUACAAUUUGGAGUCAAAACUUAAUCUCCUUUUGCAAAGCCUCCCUAAUAAACACAGAGAUAUUGCAUCUAUCAUAAGGAGAAGAAAGCUAAGUAUGUGACUGAGGAGGGCAAUGACUAUCUCUUCUUUUGUUCCAAAUGCGCAGUCAAAUUGGCAGGCAAGGGGAUGUUCUUUACUGAAAUCGCAUAACUAAAACAAUCUACAGUGGAUUCUCAAACCUUCUCCUUUCAAUAGAGCUCACUAGAUUCAAUGCACAGACAAUCCUCUUCAGUGGACAUCCAAUUCAAGGAAAGAGAAAUGAAGGUCUUCCUGGCCUUGCUGUAUUAAAUAUAGAACAAUAGACAAGACCUCCUGAAUCAAUUAUCCAACCAAGGCAAUAAGCUCCAAAACUAUUAUGACAAAUAAAUGAAAUUGUGUAAGGAAGCCAAAUAACAAUUGUCAAUCUUCUUGGAAGAGAUAUAUCAAAGAAGCAUGAAUUAAUUAUCAAGUUCAAAGCAGCAAACCCUGUCCUUCAUUGCUAAACUAUUCCAAUAAUUGACUGCUAACCAACUCGACACUAAGAAGAUACAAACAGAAAUUGAGAGUAAUUGGAAACGAGUUCUGGAGAAUAUGGAUAUGUCAGUGUUUAGAGAAGUUAUGAAUCAACAUCAUUCUAGAUUCUCUAAGAUUGGAGAAUUCUAGUAGGAGAUUCAGAACCAAUAUAUUCAACUCUAUUCAAUGGGCUCUAUGGAUAUCUAGGCCACAAUGUCAUUGAUUGCAUAGAAGUAUUUUAUUAAGGUAUGCAUAGUUUUGAGGUGGUUGAAUCUGCAAUACCUCUGAUUUCAAACAUCUAAUAAAUAAACUUAACCCAACCCAUCAGAACCUAACCCACUCCCCCCAAAAAGAAUGAGGAGUCAAUUAGUUAAAGAAUCAAAACUGAUUUCAGUAAUCAAAAGAAGAAUUCUGAUGCCAAACAACAAAACUUCUGUUAAUAUUUCAAUGAAAAAGUUGAGACCAAUCAAAAUGUUAGGGACAUUCAAAAAGUGAACCCUUCACUUUCAUCUCACAACAACAAUCUUUAUGUUUCAUUUGAAAAUAAAGAAAUAUUUAUGAAUGCUUUGGAAAUGGAAAAGAAUAAGCAAGUCACUUCUUCAGAAGAUGACAACUCUUCCAAACAAUAAGCCAUCAUGAUUCUUUAAUCGUACAAAGGAUCCCAUGCUGAUAUUCAAGAAGAAUCACUCAAUAUGUCUCAUGAAUCAUAAAAGUCUGCCCCUCACAGUCCAGCCUCAGGGUAAACAAAAGAAUCCGUUUAGCGAAUCAACCCCAAUCAAGAAUAAGAGUUCGUUGGUCUUGCUAAUAACCAAAAUGAGACGGUGCCCAAAGAAGCCUUUCAAAAAUAGAAAAGCACUUUCAGAACACUUUUCGAAAAUGAAGAUACUUAAGAACCUAACAUCCAGUAGAACAAAAAAGAAGUGACUGCAAUUUCUCCAGCAAGAAGUGAAAAGUUUAAAUCUUUUCUUAAUCGAAUCUCAAAUAGCCAAUCUACAACCCAAUAGUAUCUCUAUUAUAUUUAUAUCAAUUAAUCAACUUUAGGUAUUAUCAAUAGAUGCUACAGGGCCAUUAAAAAGUUGCAACCGAAACUCCAGAACUUAAAAGAGAAGACUCAUAAAGUUUUCAUCAAAUUAGGUUUCAACUUUCUUAUGUAUUUUUUAGAGAGGACCUUAAGAACCUAAAAGAUUCAUAGGACAUCAAAGAUUCAGUGCAUCAAAUAAAUAUGUGUGAUGAUUAAUAACAUCUCAGUGACUAUGAUGACGAAAAAGAAAUACAAGAAACUAAAAUGAGAUAUGUAUAUUAGGGAGAUGAAAGAAAAGAAUAAUAUUAAAAGACUUUGUUUUCAUCACCCAUGUUCAAGGACCAUUGA